AUGGCCAUGUCGCCGACGCUUGAGCGCCGAUUGUCACGCAGCACCCAAGGGACCAGCAGCAGCGUUGCUCUGAGAUGGAGCGCCGGCGACAGCAUGAGCAGCACACCGGCCUCGCUGCCGCCCUCGCUUACCCAAAGUGCGCAGUCUUGGCGCGUGCUGGCACCAGGAGCCUCCGCGGUGCCAAGGCUCGAGGUGGCUCAGGAGCGGGCACCGAGAACCAGCCGGUUGCAGCCUCUGCCGUCACUGCCAGACGAGGCAAUCGAGGCGAAAGCGCUGCAGCCGCCUGCGCCUGUGCCAAACACUGCACGCGGAGGCUGUGGUCAAACCAGAUUGUCUCCGCGGCAGGAUGGAGCAAGCCUGCAAAGAUCAGGCAGUGAGAUGCUUCGGGCGCCGACGUUGCGCCUCAGCUUGCGGAACAGUCAAAAGGCCCUUCAACAGACUCUGCUGGAAAUUCGGCAGCUGAAUCAGCAGAAGCGCCAUGUCCAGAAGGAGCUCGAGCACCGGCAGCUAUCAACAACCUCUCCACUGCGACAGCAGGCCAAUGCUCUUGUCACAGCAGUAGCAGAUGUUCCAUCACACUCCAACUACCUCGACGAACCCGUGUCCUGGCUCGCUCCGCCACUGGCUGUCGUUUAUCCUGACCUGGAACCUCAGUCCGUGCCGUUCAGAAACAGCUUGAGCCGUUCUAAGCUUCACGGCGCAUGGUUGGCCUGCGGGAGCUGCCAGAGCUUCAUGAAGGCCGAAGUGGACAUGAAGAUCUGGACAAUUUUCGCGCUCUGUCUGACACUGUCCUGA